AUGGCCCCAGAUGGCGUAGAAGACGCGGAUUAUGAGAGUGAUCCCGAGGAAUUGAAGCGCUCCUUGGCGGCAAGGAGGAGAGAAGCGAGCGAUGAUGAGGAUGAAGGGUUUAAGGAUGAGAAGCGGGGAGGAAAUCAGGGGGCCGCCAUCGAUUCCGAUGAACAGGCGGAGUCUGAUAACGACGGGGGCGAUAGUUAUGAUGAUGAUGAGGAGGGUGAUUAUGGAGAAGUCGAUGACGAUAUAGCGGAUAAUGGCAAGCCAGGGGUCUCUCAGUCUAAGGGAGUGGAAGUUGAUGGCCGGAACGGGGAAGAUGCGACGGAGGAAACUGCCGCUGAUGUUGUGGAAGGAGAGGAACAAAAGCAGAAGGAGCCUUUUGCGGUGCCAACCGCUGGAGCAUUUUAUAUGCAUGAUGACAGAUUCCAGAAAAUGGACGCUGGCACAAAUAGGCGAAUGCGUGGUGGUAGGAGGCUCUGGCAAUCCAGAGAUGAAAGAAAAUGGGGACAUGACAAGUAUGAGGAGCUGAAUACUCAGGAGAAGCAAUAUGAUAGGAGGACUUCUAGAGGCCGAGUCAGAGGUCGUGGUCAGGACCGUGGAUACUCUAGAGGGACCAAUUCUAAAGCGUUUACUAGCAAUGGACAUCAAAAUCAGUUUCCUAAGGCUGCCACAAGAGGGAGAGGCCCCAGAAGAUAUGAGGUUGCCUUAAAAAAUGGCAAUCAAGCACCUUCUGUGCAAACCAAACAGUCCCAGCAUUCUUUUGGGAAAGUGUCACACGCUGAUUCAGGGCGUCCACCAACAGAAACAGCUAGCAUAGAGACUGAAGCCAUCCAAGCCAAAAAAGAUGUCGUUGCCUCAAGCUUAAAUUCAGCUUCUCCCCCAUUUUAUCCUUCAGGUUCCUCCAGUAACUUGGCACAAAACGAUUUACAAGCUGGCAUGGGUAGACUGCACAUUAAUGAAAACCUUACGCCGCCUGGAAAGAAAUUUGGGAAUACAAAAUCCAGCUCUGCGUGGGUACGCACUACCCAACCUUCUCAGACUGCAAAUCAAGGUAGAGGUGCACCUGCCCCUGGGAAAGUGGGUGACACAGUUUCUUCGUCAAUGCAAAUCAGAGGAAUGCCAAAAGGCACUGACCAAAGCUGUAAUCAACCUCCUGGUCAGGCAUUUGAUCAACAUUCAGCUGUUAUCAGUUUGCUGCCUUCUUCUCCACCCAAAACUGGCUCAUCAAAAAGUCAGUAUCUUUCUAGUGAAAUAGAGUCAGCCACAGAAACAGGUGCUUUGGUUGCCAAGGGAAAAGGGUCUCUCCAGCCUAGUGGAAGGGGAUCUUUUAUGUAUGGAGGGACACAGUUUAUGGGGCCGGGCGGGAGCAUGGCAGCUGGUCAUGGCAAUCCAAAUUUCCCUGCUUUUCUGCCUGUUAUGCAAUUCGGUGGUCAGCACGGUGGUGUUCCGACCUUUGGAAUGGCUCUUCCAGGAUAUGCCCAACCAGAACAUGGAACCGGAAAUCCCAAGAUGACAUGGCUGCCAAUACUAACUGGCCCGGGAGCAUUAGGGGCUUCAUAUUGUCCACCUUACGCUGCCAUUGAUGGUUCUUACCAAGCACACAAACCAGAUUUACCUUCCUCCGUGGGAUCCUCCAGGUUUAUAAAUUAA